AUGCUAAUGGUGUUAUCUAAUAUAUUGACUAAAUAUGAAUUAAGAUUAGUUUCGAUUCUUGAUUUUGCUUAUUAUCAUCUAACAACUCAACCAUCACAGUAUAAUCAAGGAAAUUGCACUUGUGAUAAUCCAACAAAAUGUUUCGAAUUAUCAGCAAUAUAUAAUAGUAAUUUUACUAUUGAAUUUCAAAUAUCGGGAUUUUAUUUAGGUUGUUACUUGACGGAUUCAUUAUUACAAUCAACAUUAGAAUGUUUUUAUCCUCAAUGUUUAAAACAAAUACAGUUCUACUAUUCAUCAACAAACUACAAUAUAACACCGUUGAAUUCACCAUUGAAAGUCAUCUCUCUAGUAUGUCUCACGAGGGAAGGUCCCCAAGUGUGAAUCACCGUUUCGAGUGGGAGAUAUCCCAGUUUGUAGAGCUCGACGAGCUGAUUCUAGUGGCAUAAAGCAUUUUUCCCAGUGUUUCUUGAAGACCCAGUUUUCU